AUGUAUAAAAAAAGUAGUCACUAUACAUUUGUGAAUCCGGCAACCGCGGACCACGACGCCAUCGAGUUCUGGUCGAACCCUGAGCGAACCGGCUGGCUAACAAAGCAGGGAGAGUACAUCAAAACGUGGCGCCGUCGCUGGUUCGUCCUCAAGCAAGGGGAGCUUUUCUGGUUCAAAGACUCAACCGUCACGCGCGCGUCAAAGCCACGCGGCGUCAUUCCCGUCGCGUCUUACCUUACCGUUAAGGGCGCAGAGGACGCGAUCAACAAGCCUUGCGCGUUCGAGCUAUCCUCGCGCUACGAGACGAUGUACUUCAUCGCCGAUUCGGAGAAGGAGAAGGAGGAUUGGAUCAACUCUAUUGGUCGCUCCAUUGUUCAGCAUUCUAGAUCCGUCACUGACAAUGAGAUCGUCGAUUACGACAAGCGAUGAUUCCUCACGCGCCUGCAAUCUGUUUCGGUAAAUCGACAAAUCAAACCUCUCUUUUGCCCUUUUCUAUUUGUGUAUAUUAAUGAAUCGUGUUGAAUUGUUAUCUCACAUUACUGUAAUUGAAGAGAACGAACAUAUAAUGAUAUAGUUUCUUAUAUAAACCAAGAUUGAUGGUAAUAAAUUUGUGAGCAAGUAUUAUUCCUUAA